AUGAUUGAGCAUGAUGCUUCGGUAUAUUUUGAUAUGGCCCUCGGGUUCAGUCUCGCGCCGAGGAGAACAUACACUUCUUCUUCUUGUGUGAGCUAUUAUGGAUUACUUGAAUUAUCUGCUUUGCAGACCUUAUGGGGUAAAAGUAGUUUCAUUCCGUUUAUUGAAACCAGCAAAGUACUACUUAAUGUGCAUAGCCGAUCCAAGACCAUAACGAGUUACCUGGACAACCUGAUGUUGUAUCCA